UUAUUUGAGAGCAAAACAUUCGUAUUUUAGAAGCGGCGGCGUUUGUCCUGGCCGCUAAGGUGGUGAGCAGGUGAGAUGGCGCGGUGAGGCGCGCGCGCACACACGCACGCGGGCGGGCCUGCGGGCACGCGCGCACACACCAGGCAGGACCAGAAUAGCUCGGAUUCUAAACCAUGCGCGCGUGCAGCCUCAGUCUGCGUCCUUGAGACGUCCACGAACCAGGAGCCAGGUCGGUCCGCUGGGGACGCCUCCUUCCUCACCUCCCCUCCCCUCCCUCCUCUUCCUCCUCGCACAGCCGCAGUCCGCGAUAGAGCGGCUCUUUCUUCCAGGACCAGCAUCUGCUCCCGGCAGCUCCAUCCUCAUCCACGACCAUGGACCUCGGAGGCUGGACUCCGUCCAUCUAGACUGGUCCUCGCACGGUCAAGACGGGGGGCACGAUGAGUGAAGAGCCACCGGCCACCCCGAGCUGGCUGACCCCCGACCCGACCGCCUGGUCCAGUGGAGGUGGGAGCCUGGUGAACAACAGCACUAGCCUGGGAACCUUCCCCCCGGAGGAGGCUCUGCCCCCCGGCCCGCUGCCGCUGCUGGUCAACCCCUGGGACAUCGUGCUCUGCUCCUCCGGGACGCUGAUCGCAUGCGAGAACGCUCUGGUGGUUCUGGUCAUCUGGCAGAACCCGGCGCUGCGGGCUCCCAUGUUCCUGCUGAUCGGCAGCCUGGCUCUGGCGGACCUCCUGGCCGGCCUGGGCCUGGUCCUACACUUCACUUGUGCCUACUUGCUUCACUCCGACUCGGCGCAGCUGCUGACUGUGGGUCUGGUGGUGGCCUCCUUCUCCGCCUCCGUCUUCAGCCUGCUGGCCAUCACCAUCGACCGCUACCUGUCGCUCUACUACGCCCUCACCUACAACUCGGAGCGGACGGUGGCCUUCACCUACACCAUGCUGGUGCUGCUGUGGGGGCUCUCGCUGUGCUUGGGUCUGCUCCCGGUGACGGGGGUCAACUGCCUGGCGGAGGAGGCCACCUGCAGCGUGGUGCGGCCGCUGACCAAAAACAACAUCGCCGUGCUGUCCGUCUCCUUCCUGAUGCUCUUCGGCCUCAUGCUGCAGCUUUACGUGCAGAUCUGUAAGAUCGUGAUGCGCCACGCGCACCAGAUCGCCCUGCAGCACCACUUCCUGGCAGCCACGCCCCACUACGUCACCACGCGGAAGGGCGUGUCCACGCUGGCCAUCAUCCUCGGGACCUUCGCCGCCUGCUGGAUGCCUUUCACCGUCUACUCCCUCAUCGCCGACUACACCUACCCGCCGCUGUACACCUACGCCACGCUGGUGCCGGCCACCUACAACUCGGUCAUCAACCCGGUCAUUUACGCCUUCCGGAACCAGGAGAUCCAGAAGGCUCUGUGGCUGGUGUGCUGCGGCUGCGUGCCAGCCAGCGUGGCCCAUCGCGCGCGGACUCCCAGCGACGUCUGACCCCCGCCAGGAAGAGCGAGGCGCGCGGCUCCUCAUCCCGGUGUCCACGAGAGCGGCGGCGAGAGGGCAUCCGGCCGUGCUCAAAAGGGUUGCUCACAGGCCGGAGUGUCUCACUGUCUUCCCUGGUCCAGGCGAGCUGCACCCCUCCCUCCCUCCAUCCACCCCUCCAUCCGUGCCACGCCCUUCUCGGCUCUGCGGAGAAGAAGGCGUCACAUGUUCAGGCAGCAGCCGAAAGAGCAAUGUGAGUCUGGUGAGCGGCGGCACCGGAGCUUGACACGUGCUGCUCUUUUCAUCAAAUAUGGAGGGAUUAUUAGUGGCCGCGGAUCCGUCUGGAGCAUCCUGCCGCUCUGCUGCUGCUGCACUUUGAACGUGCGUCGAAAGCUAAACAGCCCCAGAGAGCUAAAAAUAGCAGCAGCUCUCUCUGUGAUCCGCCGUCCUCCACACAGAAAACCAGCCUCCUUCUCCUCCCUCUGUCUUCUGCUCACUGCUUGUUUCGGUUCAUCUCCUCUGGUGGAGGUUUAAGAACAACCCCAGGAGACCCCCUCCACUUCCCCUCCACCCCCCAUAACCACUCCACUCUCCACCCCAUUACCCCCCACCUUCCAUUUAUGAUCAUCCUCAGACCCACAUGCAGGUCCAUGGGAUUAUGUAACCGCCGACUCCAUGAAGGACGCCACCACGUCGUAGUCCAAUAGGAACACGCCUAAUAUUGAAAGUUCGCCGCAACAAAGGCCAAUCAACACAAGAAAACGCUACAUAUCAAUCUGAAACAAACUCAAUUGUGGUUCCAGAAGACCUGUCCCCCUCGACCUGUCGGCCCCUUCCUCUCCUCUCUUGUGUCAUCUGCAUCCAACAAGCACAAAUCCUCAGUCACACACUGGGUGUCACCAUGGCAACCAUCGCCGCAAAAUCUUUCUACACAAAACCACUUUCCCAUUUCUUCCUCUAGUGGAGAGGUUUCAUCCAUCUGACAGGUGUUUAGGUGAUCAUUGCUGGGCCCUUCUUCAACUACCUUAAAUGUCCCAGCCACUUUCUUGUUGGAUCCUUAAGAUUCGACGUACAGUCUGUGACAGGUGCAAAUAGCUGGAGACAGGUGAUUCAGAGCGUGGCGAGUUUGGAGGGAGGCAAACACACAGAGCUAGCUUUAGUUAGUAUAAGGAAAAAAUAAUCCAACUAAGCGUGUGAUGCAAAGGUGUGAGUGACACCGAACUCCAGUGUUCAUUCUUGGCGCAUUAGCACAGACUCUGCGGCCUAUCAUGGAGGGCACCGUGGCGGGGGGGAGCAUUCCCUUUGUCAUAUGGCAUGUAAAUGAGGAUAAAAAAGAUGCGAUGUUUUCAUUUCACCCUGUUUUGCAUGACGUGCAGUCUCUGUGGUGAGUCUUUUUUGACUACGGAAUCACUCACAACAUAUGCCAGGAAACUUUGGGUGCAGGUGGCAAUUGCAUUUGGUGUGAAUUUACCUUCGAAGCAAGUGCCAAAAAACGUCAGACGGCAAAGCUGAAGUGGCCAAUAACCAAAGUGCUUCAUAUAAAAUACAUUUAGCACUAAAAGAGGUCACUUGUCGGGUGCCAGACAAAUUGUUUGUUCAACUGUCAACAAGAGCACACUGAUAGUUUAGAUGCUUUCACUCUAGAAAAUCCCACCCCUGCUUUGGAUCAUUGUUUGCUAGCAUAAUGUUGAACAUUAACUGCUACAAACCCCGAUAUUCUGGCUUCAAUAACCGAUCAAUGAGUUGCUUAACUCCUGUUUCUCAGUGCUGAGGUGAGCCACUGCCUCCACAUUCACCGCAAAGUACAUGAAGGGAAAUUAAAUGCUCGCGAUCGAUCGUCCUAAGUUACUAAAAGCGCGUAUGAUUCGCUAGUCGCUAUAAAAAGGGUCACGUGAAAUGAUAUAUUUUUAUUUUUUUAAUUGCUACAGUGAUAUGAAUUUGACACCUCAAAGGUGCACAUUCUUGUUUCAUUCACGCUGAAGAUUUUAUUAGAUGUGGACAUUGUUCAAACCUUGCUUGAAAAGAACGUUCAAUAGUAAAUACCAACGAAUGCAAAAGCAGCUGAGUGAACAUUUUGAAAUGUUAAAAUGCCUGUGACUGGACUGACGUCCUUCAGUGAAGAUGGACAGAAACCUCUUCCUGGCGGUUUUGGAUGCUGAGCUGCUCCUCAAGGUCCGACGGAUCACCUGUCAGGUGGAUGGAUGACUCAGCACAAACACUUUCUGGUGAAAACCGCAGUGAACUCAUUUCCACACCAGCUGCUCUGAGGUCGACUCCCUGGUUUACACGCGUCAGCAAUAACUAGCCAGUGAGUGGUAGUUAUGUUCACAGAGGCGAAGCAAUACCCAGACAGCAAUAACAUCCAGAGCCAUCGUCUCCCUGCCAUCAUCACCUCACCGUUGCGAACCUCCAGAAUCCUGUUGUUGUGCAUCUGAUAUGAGCUGCAUGGCCUGUGGGGUGUGUGCAUGUGUGUGUCUUUGUGUCGCCGCAAGGGUUUCAGACCGGGGUCCCUGGUGACCCCAGACCUUCUGAGGUUCAUGCUGCCACAGUCUUCCCGACCUCUCUGAGAAAAAGUGGCCUCGUCACAUGUUGUAGCAUGUCGUGCUUUUGAGCAAGGUGAUAGUAGGAGGACGAGAUCGACCCAGCACUUCAAGCCAAAGUGAAAGGAACUCUGAGUGAACUGGUCUCCUCCGCAUCACCACUUCAAUCAAUCUGGUGAAGGCAGGUGUCCAUGAAGUGACCUCUGAAUGAAUCUAUGAGCUAAAAGGGCCUCUUCCGACGACGACGCAAAAAGCCUGGCCUGCUUUUCCCUCUCACACAAAGAGGCGAGGGCAUCAAGAGGAGCGGCUUUUCCGGCGCGUCAGGUCGAGGCCCGCGUGUGAUCUUGUGCACAGUGUCAGACUGCACGUCUCCUGUGAGCGGCCUGGCACAUCACAAACCACCAAUUCCUUUACCCUCGGAGAAAAAAAAAGUCUAUUUUGUUAUAUUCAUUGAAAAGUUCUAUUUUUUUCCACUUCAGUCCGACCCGGUUCUGAUUCUGAUCUUGUAUCAUACAAUGGCGCUGUAAAGCCUUUUUUUUCUGAAUGUAGUAAUAAUGAAGAUGUUCAGUCCCCUCUGGUUUGUUUCUGUAAAUAAGGCAUGCUUUAGAAAAGAGGCGGGUCUUGGCAUCUCCACCACUGUGCAUGGUACCACCCAAGCCAGUCAAUGUGAAGGAGGGAAAAGGUUUCGUGAAAAGGGUCUCCUCCUCUGGACGGCCGUUCCAUAUCGGCGACCUGGACGAAGAGGAGGGGGACACGCUGGUGUGAAUAAGGGCUUCGUUUCUGGACUGGUAUUGGAUGUAACGCUCACACGUGUAUUUGGGUUUUUCCCAGCCAAGAAUGAGCGCUCAAUCCAGUGAAGUGUUUUUUUUUUUUACGGUUACUAAACUAGAGCUAAAUAUCACAACACUUAAGGGCCUGUGAAUGUUUGUGUGUCAGGGUGGGUCGCCACGGUAACAGCAUCUUGUGUCAACGUAGUUUUCAAUGUGAAAUGCACUUUAUUUUCGGGGGUUGAAAAUGGCACAACAAAUUCAGUAUCUGCAAAAUGUAUUAACGAUAAUCAACAUGCACUAACUGAGAUAUUGUACAAACAUGGUGUGAACGUGGUGUCUAUUUUUCCAAAAGUGUUAGUUGUACUUUUUAAUUGCUUCGGUUAGUUCACUCGACUGACAGAUCUUGUUAAUUUUUUAUUAAAAACAAACAUGUGCUGUGCAUAGAAACUCUGGUUUGUUCUCUCUCUCUCUCUCUCUCUGAGCCCCUUUCUUCUUCACU